GGGGGCGGAGCUACAUGGCAAGUCGCACGACCACCGACUAUGUGGGGACUAGGGAUAGUUGAAAGCACACUGCUCGCAGUCCCACUAAACUGGAAAGCCACGUUGAGCCUGGCCGCCAUCAGGCAGCGCACCGGCCCACCACACAGUAGCCGGGGGAGAAGAGGAAGAGAGUCAGUGAAACGUGUUAGCGAGGCGGUGAAGCUCAGCAACAAUGUCCGGCUUAAAAAACAGACAUUCGAACUCCUCGUUAAGCAAGGAGGAGGACCAGCAAGUGACGGAGAAGAUGCUGGGCAGCAGUACGGAGAAGGGGGACGCCACAGCCGGGAGCCCCGCCAAAGAGGCGGCGGGCGAGGAAACAGUCGUGUUAAAGAGAACCAUCACCCUGAUGAACGGCGUGGCCAUCAUCGUGGGCACCAUCAUCGGCUCCGGCAUCUUCGUCACGCCGUCCGGCGUGGUGAAAGAGUGCGGCUCCGUGGGUCUGUCCCUGGUGGUGUGGGCGGUGUGCGGGGUCUUCUCCACGGUGGGAGCACUGUGUUACGCGGAGCUGGGGACCACCAUCAGCAAGUCAGGGGGGGACUAUGCCUACAUCUUGGAGGUGUACGGCUCCCUGCCGGCUUUCCUCAAACUCUGGAUUGAACUGCUCAUUAUCCGCCCGUCCUCCCAGUACAUAGUCGCCUGUUUCGCCACCUACCUCAUCAAGCCGCUGUUCCCCGUCUGCCCGGUACCGGAGACCCCGGCUAAACUCGUGGCCUGCCUUUGCAUCCUGUUGUUGACAUUUGUGAACUGCUACAGCGUGAAGGCAGCCACCAGAGUCCAAGACUUCUUUGCUGUGGCCAAAUUGCUCGCUCUCGGCCUUAUCAUCAUCAUUGGCUUCGUCAAGAUUGGCCAAGGUGAGGUUGAUGCUCUUCUCCCAGAAAAUUCCUUCAAGGACUCCAAAUAUGAGUUUGGUAAUAUUGGACUGGCGCUCUACAGUGGCCUUUUUGCCUACGGUGGCUGGAAUUACUUGAAUUUCGUCACAGAGGAGAUGAUCGAACCUUACAAAAACUUGCCUCGAGCCAUCAUCAUCUCUUUGCCAAUUGUGACAGCGGUAUACGUCCUCACCAAUCUGGCGUACUUCACCACCCUCUCCCCAGAACAAAUGUUCAACUCCGAGGCUGUGGCUGUGGAUUUUGGCAAUACCCACCUGGGUCCGAUGGCAUGGAUCAUCCCGGUGUUUGUGGGGCUGUCCUGCUUUGGUUCUGUCAACGGGUCUCUCUUCACGUCAUCCAGGUUAUUCUUUGUGGGCUCACGGGAAGGUCACCUGCCCUGUCUGUUGUCAAUGAUCCAUCCAACCCUAAUGACCCCACUUCCUUCUCUUCUAUUCACUUGUCUGAUGACGCUGCUCUACGCCUUCUCCAACGACAUCUUCUCCGUCAUCAACUUCUUCAGCUUCUUCAACUGGCUUUGCAUUGCCAUGGCGAUUGUUGGGAUGAUGUGGCUCCGUUAUAAGAAGCCUGACCUCGAACGGCCAAUAAAGGUUAACAUUCUGCUCCCGGUGUCAUUCGUGCUGGCCUGUCUCUUCCUGAUCAUCGUAUCCUUCUGGAAGACACCGAAGGAGUGUGCAAUCGGGUUUGGCAUCAUUGCCACCGGUUUACCCGUCUACUUUGUUGGUGUGUGGUGGAAGAACAAACCCAAAUGGCUGCUGAAUGGAAUAUUCUCAACCACGGUCUUUUGUCAGAAAAUGAUGGAAGUGGUGCCUUAGGAGUGUGGACUGCAUUCACCAUCACUCCAACUCUGACCUCUAACGUUUCAGCUGACAAAUGUCUUCACCCGCCAUGAACAUUUUCACUCACUCUUGUCUCUUGUCACACACAUUUAGUACAGAUGAGGAUUCGACUACAUCUUUUGUUUUUCUAUUAUUGGAGAAAAAUAAUGAUCCAUUAAUAUAUUACUGUUUUUAAUAGUCAGUUUGUACAUAUAUAUAUAUACAUAGUGUAUGGGUGUGUAUGUAUAUAUAUAUGUGUGUAUAUAUAUAUAUAUAUAUAUAUAUAUAUAUGUAUGUGAGUGUGUAUAUAUUUAUAUAUAUGUAUGUAUGUAUGUAUGUAUGUAUGUAUAUAUAUAUAUAUAUAUAUGUAUGUAUGUAUGUGUAUAUGUAUGUGUGUAUAUAUAUAUAUGUAUGUAUAUAUGUAUAUUAAUAUACAGUACAAUAAUGUGUACAUGUAUAAAUGUGUGUGUAUUUAUGUAUAUAUAUAUAUAUUCAUACACAUUUAUAUAUAUAUAUAUAUAUAUUUAUAUAAAUAUGAAUACAUAUAUAUCUUUUUUGUUUUUGUUUUUUUGUUUUUUAAUAGAAUACAUGCAGACAUUUGUUGAUUCACUAUGUAGAACAAAGUAAGGUAGAUUCAACAGCCCACCUGCUGAUUGUUGCCAAGUAGUGCACUCAUUGCUUCAAGAUGCAAUUAAUCAAUUUUCACACAAUCAAUUAAUUCUUAAUUCAUUGAAUUGACCAGUCAUUAAAACACUUACACACACUGACGAUAACAUCAUUCAGGUGUUAUUCUGUACAAUAAAGUAUUCAUGUCAGUCAUAUUAGUUACUGACUUUACAGUACGUUGUAGAGUUUGAUGUUCAUCUGUGUUUUUUUGUGGCUUUUCUAUGUUACGUCAUCAGCAAAGUGUUCCUUAUGUAGCAGUGAAAGCUUGGGCACAAAGUAAUGCAAAACAUCUGUUAUUCUUCUUUCGAUUUUAGAAAGUGCCGUUUUGUACUGGUUUUCUGUUGAAAAAAAAACACAUGUCUGUGUCACCUAUUCAUUGUUGCUGAAGGGUUGUGGGUGAAAUGUGAAUUUUUAGCAGUGUCCUUGCUUAAAUCUAAACAAAAAAAUGUCUAUGGUGUGGUCUGUCUGUGGGUUAGAGGUGCAUUUUGAGUUUUGGUAUGUUGGCUUGCCCCCUGUCAAGUCAUGUCAAGCAACUAUGUGAAAGGAAACAUUUGUGAUACAUACUUGUUAAAAAUGUGCACAGCAAAGGUCGAAGGGGUUUGAAGAGAGUUUCUUCCUCUGUUGUAAUGGGUUUACUUGUUCUUUUUGGGUGGUGGUGGUGGGGGGGGGGGGGGGGUGGUGGUAGUUGAAGCACAUUCCUCCCAGUUUUUCUAGUUUUUUGUUUUGUCUUGUUUUAAUUUCUAUGCACAGUUCAGAAAAAGUUAGUUUCAUUACUAUAGUCCUCCCUCUUCCUACAUCUCUGGCAACCAACCAAAGUAGCUUCCAUGUGAUGCAAAACGUGUGAUGGAUAUGUGUUGGGCAGUGUUGUUGCCAUAGCGACAGGGUCGGUCGAUGCAAGGGAGGUUUUUCAGUAUGUUAUUUUAAAAGUAUGAAAUCUGCCGCCAUUGCAAAGCUGAUGGCGAAACUAACCUGAAUAGGGCUGUAGAUAGUGUUAUUUAUUUUUUUAGUAAACCUUGUUGGUUUAUUAGUCCUUCUAAUUUGUUAACAAUGCAUUUUAUGGAAAGUGCUUUACAAAUAAAUGUUUUUUUCUCCA